AUGGGUCCACUUUUAUCAAAAUUAACGGCUCUGUUUUCUUCUGGAUCACCAGCCAAAAUUCUUAUGCUUGGUUUAGAUGCUGCAGGGAAAACAACGAUUUUGUACAAGAUUAAACUAAAUGAGAAUGUAUGCACCAUUCCUACCAUCGGAUUUAAUGUGGAGACCGUGUCCCCAAUAAAGGGCGUGUCCUUUACGGUGUGGGACAUCGCGGGACAGGACAGGUUCCGACAACUGUGGAGAUACUACUACCAAGCAACAGAAGGCUUAGUGUAUGUUGUGGACAGCAACGAUAGAGAAAGAAUUGCCGAGGCACGCGAAGAACUAUUUGGAAUCCUACAAUGUGAGGAAAUGAGGGGAGUCCCAGUGGUGAUAAUUGCUAAUAAGCAAGAUCUUCCAAACGCUCUUAGUCCCUCUGAAGUGGCAGAAAUGAUGUGUUUGCACAAGCUGACGUCACGAAAAUGGUACAUUCAAUCCGCAUGUGCGACAACUGGCGAGGGAAUCUAUGAGUCUAUGAGAGAAUUAUCAACAAUGGUCCAAGACUUCAAGAAAAGCCAAGAUAAAUCCUGAUCAUUACACAUUUUUCAAUUAGAGUCAACACUACAUGUGUCUUUUUGAAAGCUACCCGUGUGUAUGCUAUCAGCUGAAACCGUGACUGAGAGUGUCAUCUGGGACCUGUAACGUUAGCAUGACUUGCUGAUGAUGCGUUAGAACCAAUGUUGAAACCAUUUAAAAUGCAUGGUGCAAUUCUAUAUAUGUGUCAAUCUUUGUUGUAAGAAAUUGAAUCUUUUCAUGUUAGCAGAUAUUUGAUUCGUGUGUGU